AUAUAGAUAUCACAAAAGGUUCUAAAAAUUUGUAGUAUUGAUUCUCUAAAGAAAAAUCUACUUCAUUAACAAUAACACAUAAAAAAAGGAAAAAGUGUCAAAACAGAUGGAAUAGUUUACUUUAAAUGACCACAUAAAUCCACAUCACACAUCGAAAUUCUUCACAAUUCAAAAUUUAGACUUAACACAAGGUUUAGAAUAAUAAAUUAGAAUACUAAAUGCUAUCAAAGUGUUUUUUUCACUACUACCACUUUAGGUCCUCAGACAGAUUUUUGCAAUUUCUUCACAGAUUUUGGGAGAGAGUCUCAAUGAGAGCAUCCAUGAGGCUUUGCAGAUUAAUCAAAUUUUAAAAAAUUCAUACAUUUAUAUACUUGAGUGUACACUCACACAACCAAGAAAACAAAAGAACAUUGUGAGAAAGGAAGAAUUUUAAAAAACAUAUGGGUUCUGAUUGUCAAGCUGCUGAAAUGAUGGAGCAUCUUAAGAGUCUCAACAUGAGUAACGAAGAAGUGGGUCAAUUUGCAACGGCUAUGAAAGACCCCAAGUUUAAAGAAUUAUUUAUGGACUAUAUCAAAGAAAUCUCCAAUUGUGAUGAAAAAGAGGCAAUGGAGAGACACAUUAAGCAAUGUGAGCGAGGCCAAAACUCCCCAAAUGGAGGGUUUUGUAUGGAGGGCAAGAUUUUGCUACUUCCACUCAAAGACUUUUGCGUCAAAACUCAUAAUCUCAAGACCAAACAAAAGGUUUUCAUCAAUAUUUGUUAUUGUGAGAAAAUUAAAAAUUCUAAAGCUUAUGAUGAUUCCAUUCAAAAAGGCACUCAUUGGGAGAUACCAUAUUCAUUGGGAGGCCCUUCGUUAGAUAUUGAUAAAGUGGGGAAAGAAUGCAUUGUCUUUGAUUUCAUUGUUGGUGUGAAGACUCAUGAAAAUGCAAAAGAUCACAAACCAUUCAAGCAAUUCCUCAUUCUGACUGCUAUUGAAGCCAUUGAAAAGCAAAAAUCAAUUGAAUUAAGCAAAGAUUUUGCCCUGCCAUUGAUGAGCUACAAAGGAAAAAACGGAGCCAAAGAGCCGCGUGUGUUCACCAUCCCCAAGGAACCCAAAAACACAGGGAGCAAUGCACAAGGCAAGGCUGAUGAUGAUGCGUCAUUGACACCCCAAAUGGCAUUGGAGACGAAGGAUGGCAAAAACCCUAAAAGGCCGAGCCCCAUAGAAUUGGGUUGUGAUGGGAAUGUGAGGAGACGGGCAGAUAAGGGAGGAGCAUUGCCAAGUUGCGGUCAUGCUGCAGGGGAGACAGGGUCGGCCAUGGAGAGCAGGGCACUGGCUGAGUGGAGGUCGGAGACGGAGCCCAUGUUUGAGGUGCUCCACCGCAGCACUGUGGACUACUCCCACUACUGGGAAGACACCAAAUUGAACAAUGAGAAUUCAAGUCCAACAUGGAUUGUAUUGCGUGUCCAUUUAAAAGAUGUUACUAGUGUCCAUGAUGUGCAAUUGGACCUUGAAAAAGACCAAGUAUUUCUAAGAGUUCCCGGGAAGUAUAGACUCAAGGUGGAUUUGAAAUACAAGGUAGAUAAUUUUCAAAGUAACGCAAAAUGGGAUAAAAAGAAACAGCAGCUCUUAGUUACAUUGCCAAUUAAAGUUGAUAAUUCGGAGAAGUAAAGUGUUUGGUAUUGAAAUUUGUUUGUGGGUUGAGAAAUAUAUAAUUUAAGAUUAUGUUGCA